CACGCAUGCGCACAGUACACAGAAGCCUUUGAAAAUGUCGGUCGAAGGUUAAAACUGAGAACGAAUUCGUCUCCAGGAAGCUCAAACAUGGCACGCCAGAUUUGUUGUCUCUCUUUGGAUAUUUAAGAAGUGGAGCCAGGGAUCCAAUUGACCACCCUUCCUGCUCAGACAGUGGGAAUAGAUUCACUCAGUUAUCACAAUUGAAGGUACAUCAGCAUGUUCACACUGGGCAAGGCCAUUCACCUGUUCUGUGUGUGAGAAGGGGUUCAGACAGUCUUUCCACCUGUGGACACAGCAGUCAGUUCACACCACACUGGGCAGAGGCUGGUCAUCUGCUGAAUUUCUGGGAAAGGAUUCACUCAGUCAUCUGACCUAAUGGCUCACCAGCGAGUUCACACUGGGGAGAAACCAUUCACCUGUUCAGUCUGUGGGAAGGGAUUCACUCAGUCAUCCAACCUACGGAGACAUCAGCGAGUUCAUACUGGGGAGAGGCCGUUCACCUGCUCAGUCUGUGGGAAGGGAUUCACUCAGUCAUCCCAACUACAGAGUCAUCAGCCAGUUCACACUGGGGAGAAGCCAUUCACCUGCUCAGUCUGUGGGAAAGGAUUCACUCAGUCAUCUACCCUACUGGUACAUCAGCGAGUUCACACUGGGGAGAAGCCGUUCACCUGCUCAGUCUGUGGGGAGGGAUUCACUCAGUCAUCCCAACUACAGAGUCAUCAGCAAGUUCACACUGGGGAGAAGCCGUUCACCUGCUCGGACUGUGGGAAGAGAUUCACUCGGUCAUCCACCCUAAUGGCUCACCAGCGAGUUCACACUGGGGAGAAGCCAUUCACCUGCUCAGUCUGUGGGAAGAGAUUCACUCAGUCAUCCCACCUACAGAGACAUCAGCGAGUUCACACUGGGGAGAGGCCGUUCACCUGCUCAGUCUGUGGGAAAGGAUUCACUCUGUCAUCUACCCUACUGGUACAUCAGCGAGUUCACACUGGGGAGAGGCCGUUCACCUGCUCAGAAUGUGGUAAGGGAUUCACUCUGUCAUCUACCCUACUGCUACAUCAGCGAGUUCACAGUGGGGAGAAGCCAUUCACCUGCUCAGUCUGUGGGAAAGGAUUCACUCUGUCAUCUACCCUACUGGUACAUCAGCGAGUUCACACUGGCGAGAAGCCGUUCACCUGUGCAGUCUGUGGGAAGGGAUUCACUCAGUCAUCCCACCUACAGAGACACCAGCAAAUUCACACUGGGGAGAAGCCAUUCAUCUGCUCAGAAUGUGGGAAGGGAUUCACUGAGUCAUCCAACUUACAGAAACACCAGCGAGUUCACACUGGGGAGAAGCCGUUCGCCUGCUCGGACUGUGGGAAGAGAUUCACUCGGUCAUCCCACCUACAGAGGCACCAGCUUGUUCACACUGGGGAGAAGCCGUUCACCUGCUCGGACUGUGGGAAGAGAUUUACUCGGUCAUCUACCCUACUGCUACACCAGCGAGUUCACACUGGGGAGAAGCCGUACAGCUGCUCGGACUGUGGGAAGAGAUUCUCUCGGUCAUCCCAACUACAGAGUCACCAGCGAGUUCACACUGGGGAGAAGCCGUUCACCUGCUCAGAAUGCGGGAAGGGAUUCACUCAGUCAUCCCACCUACAGAAACACCAGCGAGUUCACACUGGGGAGAAGCCAUUCACCUGCUCAAUCUGUGGGAAGGGAUUCACUCGGUCAUUCACUCUACAGAGACAUCAGCGAGUUCACACUGGGGAGAAGCCGUUCAGCUGCUCGGACUGUGGGAAGAGAUUCACUCGGUCAUCCCAACUACAGAGUCACCAGCGAGUUCACACUGGGGAGAAGCCAUUCACCUGCUCAGAAUGUGGGAAGGGAUUCACUCAGUCAUCCCACCUACAGAAACACCAGUGAGUUCACACUGAGGAGAAGCCAUUCACCUGCUCAAUCUGUGGGAAGGGAUUCGCUCGGUCAUUCACCCUACAGAGACAUCAGCAAGUUCACACUAGAGAGAGGCCAUUCACCUGCUGAGAAUGUGGGAAAGGAUUCACUCAGUCAUUCCACCUACUGGCACACUUGUCAGCUCACAGUGGCGAGUGGCCAUUGUUAUGCUUGUUUACAUUGCGUGCUGCUUGUUUAGUUUUAACCGAGGACACAGACACUCAGAGUCAGAUGGAGACGAAGGAGGAAAAAUGGAGGAAUCGAAACCAGGGAACUAGUGCCCAAGGGUGACUGUUUGGAACUUUCCUUUGCCCACAAGGGUGGGCUAAUUAUCGAUUCACCAUACAUCGUAAGUGUGGUUGUCACCUCAUUUGAUCCAUAGCAGUGGAUCUGAUGUGGGGUAUCCUGCGGAGACCACUUAUGUGUUAACCAUUGCCUGGCUGUGGUGUGGCAGUUCAUUUUAAGAUGAUACCCCUUAUGGCAAGUCACUUCGGGUGAUAAUUAGUAUGUGGAUUUGGAAGGAUGACAGAUAAAAUCUACAGCAACUGUUGUCUCGUUUUACCACCACGGAACCUGUGGAAUACGACAUAAUUGCCUUCUCUCAACAUUUACCCUGGAUUACAAUUAUCUCUCGCAUCACCUAUUCUGUGGUUGAACUGAACUUUCAUACUCUACCAUCUCAAGACUCCAAGCCUUGUUUCCCCGGAGCUCAAUAGUUUGCGUGUUAUAUUUAUACACAUUUAUACACAUAACACUCACGAGGAAAUCUGCAGAUGCUGGAAAUUCAAACAACAACACAUACAAAAUGCUGGUGGAACACAGCAGGCCAGGCAGUAUCUAUAAGGAGAAGAAAUGUCGAUGUUUCAGGCUGAGACCCUUCGUCAGGACUAGCCGAAAGGAAAGAUAUUAAGAGAUUUGAAAGUAGUGGGGGGAGGGUGAAAUGCGAAAUGAUAGGAGAAGACCAGAGGUGGUGGGAUGAAGCUAAGAGCAGGAAAGGUGAUUGGCGAAAGUGAUACAGAGCUGGUGAAGGGAAAGGAUCAUAUGACAGGAGGCCUCAGGAGAAAGAAAGGGGGGGGGGGGGGGAAGCACCAGAGAGACAUGGAAUACAGGCAAACAAUUAAAUAUGUCAGUGUUGGGGUAAGAAGGGGAAGAGGGUCAUUAACGGAAGUUAGAGAAGUAAAUGUCAUCCCAUCAGGUCGGAGGCUACCCAGCCGGUAUAUAAGGUGUUGUUCCUCCAACCUGAGUUUGGAUUAAUUUUGACAGUAGAGGAGGCCAUGGUUAGACAUAUCAGAAUGGGAAUGGGACGUGGAAAUAAAAUGUGUGGCCAUUGGGAGUAGUCUGUUGCUGCUGGUUCAUUUCUAAAGUGUUACAGUUUGUAACAAAAUGGGGCCUGCAUCUGGCAUAUGAACAGAUUUAAGGAUUGAUUUAUUAUCGAUUUCAUCCCUUUUGAUUUAUUUGUGUGUGGAAAAUCAGCAGCAAUGGAUGUUGAUAGAUAUCUGGAAGUGUGAACCUCUCAGGCAUUAGAGGACUCCAGAAGGAUUGAGUUAUUGAGUAUUGCUAAAACGUUAAUACUUGCUAAGGUGAAAUUGACAAUGAGGAGAGCACAGAUGCAGAGGGUGAUAGCUGAACAUUAUGUAUCUGAGGGUGUGUUUAAAGUGGAGGAGUUGGAGGUGUUUCCUGAAACUAAACCUCAUGAGCUUGAGCUCCAGUACAAGUGAGAAAAAUUAAAGAUGGAGGCUCGGGAAAGGCAGAGGCAGUUUCAGGCUGGAGAGGCAAAAAAGCAGAAAGAAAAUUCUCUUACAAAGUGUAAUUAAGGGGAAGGCUUAGCAAGCCUAUUCUGCUUUGACAGUUGCUGAAGCAGCUUAUUAUUUAUUUAUUUAUGGUGCCCCCCCCCCCAAUCAUUGCCACUGGGCUAUAAUUGCGCAGGAGCAGUGUGUGGUUCAGUGCUUUGCUCAAGGACACACAAGCUGCCUCGGCUGAGGCUCAAAAUCAUGACUUCCAGAUCGCUAGUUCAACACCUUAACCACAUGGUCAGAUCAGUUUGCUUUAACUCAUGAAGUUAUGUUUACCCUGAAUAAGAGUUUCCAAAAGGCACUCAUCAAGUUGUGGGUAAACCUAAUGAGCUCACCCCAGUGGCCUGUACCUACAUUCGCUGAACCCUUUUCCAAAGUUAUAGUGGAUUGUGUUGGCCCAUUGCCAAGGACUAAAGCUAGCCAUCAGUAUCUGCUAACUAUUAUGUGUACUGCAUCCUGAUUCCCAGAGGCAAUACCUCUCCGAAAUAUUAAAGCUUAAACUGUG